AUUCACACCAUCCCCUCAGUUAACCUGCCCAGCAAGAUGGGCAGUCUGCAGACCAUCCCCCGUGGUGGUCCAGUCUCUGCCCGUGGUCUACACCACCAUGGCAGCCGACAGCGUGACGGCAGCCAUCACGGUCCCGCUGAUUGGAGGAGAUGGCAAAAAUGCAGGUUCCGUGAAAUUAGACCCCAGCUCCAUGUCUCCAGUAGAAGUGCAGAGUGACAGUGAGGACAGCAUGGGGGAGACUGUGUCUGUGUCUGCAGCUUUUCAGGAGCUACAGAGAGAGUCUGUGGGGGCCCCAUUACAUCACACGGAGUCUCCUGACCUGAAGAAGAGGCGCAUUCACCAGUGUGACUUUGCGGGAUGUAACAAGGUCUACACCAAGAGCUCCCACCUGAAGGCCCAUCGGAGAAUCCACACUGGAGAGAAGCCAUACAAAUGCACCUGGGAAGGCUGCACCUGGAAAUUUGCUCGCUCGGACGAGCUGACCCGGCAUUUCCGCAAGCACACGGGCAUCAAACCCUUCCACUGCUCAGACUGUGACCGAAGCUUCUCCCGUUCAGACCACCUGGCCCUCCACCGGCGGCGGCACAUCAUGAUCUCUUGCCCUGCUUCGGAUCAGUGUUUGCAGAAACUGGCAAGUUCCCUGGGAUCUUUCUCCAAGACUGAGCCCCAACAGUGGAACGCAGACGACCAGUUGGCAGCUACUUCAGGGUACCUCCUGCUGCCCACUUACCUGCCAAUGGACUCGGAUGCUGAGUAAGCCCCUGCUGCCUUCCUAAUGUCAGGCCAGCAGGGCUCAUUUAGAAACAGUGUUUCCCAAUACACCAGCAGCCCCCAGGCCCUGGCCUUGUCCUACUCCUGAGGAGGGGAGAGGAGAUAGGCAGCAGCAGUUCCUGGGGCUUCUCUGCCUCCUCUUAUGCACAGACCACUGGCUGCUGCUGCUGCCGCUGCCAUUGCUGCCUCACUUGCCCUCCCAAGCUGGAGGGCGGCAGGCCGUGUUUUCUCCCACUUUCCCUUUUCAAGGGCCCCUGAGCUGGAGCCAUCCUUACUGGAAGGUCCCACUGGCCACUUAGCUUUUCUCUCCACCUUUUGCCUGCUUUUUUCUAGUUGGGUGCUUUGCCCCUGCCUACCAGGGGCCUUCUGGCCUUGCUGUUUGUUGGUAUGGGAAUCUUGGGGGCUGAGCUGGGCUCAUCUGGGCCCCGGGCUCUCAUAGUGCCUUUUGCACUGAGGGCACCCUAUGUCAGUGGACCUGAAAGAUCCAGGCCUGACAUUUUCCCACCUUGUCUUCCACUUCCCCCAGAUGGGUUGCUAAUCACAUGACUGGGGACAAGGACUGUAUUUGCAGCAAUUGCUUUUGGUAUUCCGUACCAACCUCCAAGGAAAUGCCCCCAUUGAGGGGCGUCAGGGGGCCUGCUCGUUAGCCUGACUUCUAGGCAGGCGUAGCCAGGAGCUGAGCAGCAGAUUGAGAGGAGAACUUCCUGGCAUGAUUCCUCCCCCUGCUUCUUACCUGAAGCACUGGCAAGUUCCAGACCCAGGAACUUGGGAGCCCAAAGUUAAUGCUGUCUGUUCCCAAAUGGGACACCUUUUAGGGGAGGGUGCCACUAGGCUCCCUCAAUAGUACCCUACAGUUUGUGACUCAUAGAGAGGCCUGAGAGAGUGGCCAAGGGCCAAGGGUUUGUUUGGGACUUGGAACGAACGAGAUGUUCCCUUUCUGGUUCUGAUGUUAAAGCACGUUUACAUUUCCUAAGCACAUUUUGGCAGGUGGUCGGGAGAAGGGUCCUGGGCGGAUACUGAGCUGGGUGGGGGUGGGAGGGAUAUUGUGGGGGAUGAUCUGCACUCAGGCCUCAUGAGAUGUUGUUGCCAUGGGCUAGACAAAGCAUUUGUCGCUCAUUGUGUGGUGGGUUUUGAAGUUCUACUCUUCUUUGGAGUGUUCAGCUUGGACUUAUUUCUACAGAGCCUUGGUUAGUGCAGAUGGGUACAUGAAGAUGGGCUGUUUGGCUGCUCUCGGGCACUAGCCUCUGGAAUUAGGGUUUGUUUGGCCAAGCCUGGCCUUGGGGAGAUGCGGGGUGCAGCUGAGAGGGGCGCUGACUGGCUCCCGAUGAUUGGCGCUCGCUCGGGCCCUGCCCCUGUGCUCGGUACCAGGCAGGCUCUUCUUCCCAGGGCCCUCCCUGUACAGCUCUUCUUCUGGGUCACUCAGAAGAAUUUCCCUGCCUCUGAGAAGCAGGUGCAGCCUCUUGGAGGGAAUCCCAGGGGGACAGCCCCUCUUUCACUUCCCUGAAAGGUGGUUAGUCCAGCCUCUUCUCAAACACUGGAAGUGGCAGUGAGCUCACUACCUCCAGAGGCAGUCCCUUUUAUCUCCAUGUGUUUUCUUGGGGCUACAAGGCUAACUUCCCCACUCUGCACAGCCCUUCUUCCCCAGGUCUCUCCACCUCCUGGUCUCAGGCACAACCCUUUUCCCAGGGAUCUCUUCAAUGAAAGAAAUAAAACUAAGUACAUUUUUUUUCCCUGUGAUUACUGUUUGAUUUGUAUAGACUUUUAGAAAACUUUAUACUGUAUAGUGUACAGGUCUAUUGUUUAUAGUUGAUUAAAUAGUUGAUUAAAUCUA